AGAGGCAAGGGCACUGCUGCUGUCUCUUUCUCUUGGCUGCCAUUGCUUGUAUUUCUUUCUCGAGAUUGAAGCCCGAUCCCCUCUGACACCAUGGUUGAUGCUUUCGUUGGAACCUGGAAUAUAGUCGACACCAAGAACUUUGACGACUACAUGAAGGCAAUAGGUGUUGGCUUCGCCACCAGACAGGUAGCCAACGUGACCAAGCCCACCACUAUCAUCAGCGUGGUGGGGGACACAGUGACGCUGCGCACAGAGAGCACCUUCAAGAACACUGAGAUCAGCUUUGUCCUGGGCCAGGAGUUUGACGAGACCACUGCAGAUGACAGGAAGGUCAAGUCUCUGAUCACGCUUGAUGGGGGUCAGCUGGUCCACAAGCAGACGUGGGAUGGCAAAGAGACUACGCUGGUGAGGGAGAUAACGGAGGGCAAGCUCACCCUGACUCUGACGAUGGGAAAUGUGGUGAGCACACGUAUCUAUGAGAAGGCAGCGUGAGUCCUCCGCUCCCCCACUCCAGCGCCGAGAGCACCAUGGACGAUCUGGGUCCCUCGCACACUCCUGUUCCAGCCUUUUCUACUGCCUGCUCAUUUGCUCUGUUUAAACACGAUUCCAUUCAAAUAUUUGAUUCCAUUGCAAAUAAAAUAAGUCUAGUUACUG